UCAACGUGACGCCUUUAUAUGAACCCUCCAGUUCUGAUAGAGCGUGGGGAGCACGAGACUCAAGGACCCAAUCCAGAGUCAACUGAGAGAGGUGAGAGCAAUUUUCUUCAUGCCUUCUCUCCUGGAGAUGUCAUCAUCGGAGGACUUUUCCCCUUUCACAGACAAACGAACAGAGAAACAACACAUGGACCAUCCUUAUGUAGAGAGAUUGAUAUAGGGUCAUUCCUCCAUAGUCAGGUGAUGAUAUAUGCCAUCAGUGAAAUAAACCAGCGCACACCAAGGAUUCUUCCCAAUGUCACUCUCGGAUAUGACAUCUACGACAGCUGUGGGGAUGUCAGCAUUGCCAUCUUAUCAAUGCUGCAGCUUCUGAAGGGCCAUUCAGACCUCCAGGAGUGUUUGGUACCAGCAAACUUUCAGCCUGCUUUGCCUGACCCCAAAACAAAGGUGGUGAUCGGUGAAAGGCAUUCAGAAGUGUCGAUAGCUGUUGCAAGGGUUGUGGCUCUGGCCUCAGUCACGCAGAUUAGCUAUGCAUCAACUAGUGAGCUUCUCAGCAGGAAGUUGAAGUUCCCCACUUUCCUGCGAACAAUAUCGAGUGAUAAACAUCAAACACUGGCCAUUGCUAAGCUGGUGGAGAAGUUCAACUGGGAAACAGUUGCCAUUGUAGGAAGUGAUGAUGAGUACGGGAAGUACGGCUGUGAUAACCUUUUAGACAUCUUUAGGAAAGACGAGGACAUUUGCAUUGAAUUCAUUGAAAUCCUGCCUGGUGACUUUUACAAAACCCACACGGGGCUGGCUGAUCUGAUGGAGAAUAUUAACAAAUCCUCUGCUGAGGCUGUCAUCUUGUUCACCAAAGAGUCAAAUGUUGAUGUCAUCAUGAAAGCAGCAAUCGAGUGCCAACUCAACAGAACCUGGAUUGCCAGUGAUAGCUGGUCCACUUCCACACACAUAGCUGCGCUCCCCGGCAUUGAGAUGGCAGGUCAGGUGUUUGGCUUUAUCUCUAAGAGAAAUGAGGUGCCUGGUUUUAAAGACUACGUCCUCUCAAAAUUCAACAAAACCAUGAACCCCUUCCUGAGUCAUUUUCUGUCACAGUAUCCACUCUGUUCUAACCAGUUGGAGGAGAGCGGAGAAAAAAACUGCUCGAUAUUAAACGACCAACAAGGAUCCAAGCAAUGUCUGGACCUGGGAUGUUUGGUGAAUUACAUUGACCAGGAUCAGUCGUACAACAUCUACCUAGCUGUUCAAGUCAUCGCUGAGGGUCUCAGGCGUCUGCUGAAGUGUGACAACCAACGCUGUGAACGCAGCACCAACUUUACAGCCCAGGAGCUUCUUUUGGAAAUCAGAAAUGUCAGCCUCACUGUGAACACUACCCACAUAAACUUUGACUCCAGUGGAGACCCUAGUUUGGGAUAUGAUAUUGUCUAUUGGGUCAUGACUAAUCCACAAAUAGAAACUAUUGGAGAGUACUGGCCGAACAAAACAAUCAAAGUCCCGGAAGAUCUUGUCGGAAAAAUGUCCAGUCUGCUGACAACUGCUUACAACUGCUCCAAAACUUGUCCGCCAGGACAGGAGUUGAAGAUACUACAAAAGAAGUGCUGCAAAUACUGUAUACCGUGUGCUGAAGGAGAGUUUUCCGCUGGAAAUGGUGACAAGUGUGGCCGCUGUAACGAGUUUGAGUUUUCUUCUCAAAAUAAGGAUUGCUGUGUGGACAAAAAAAAGGAAUACCUUUACUGGUCCAACCACUUUGUUGUCAUUUUGAGUUGCCUGGCUGUGCUUGGGAUCAUUGUUGUCAUCGUCUUUGCCGUUCUGUUUAAGAUUUAUUGUUGCACUCCCAUCGUGAAGGCUGUUGGGGGUUAUUUGUGUUUCUUGGAGCUUGUCGCCUUGCUGGCUUGCUUCUGCCUCACUUUCACCUUCACUGGACAACCCACUGAAGCUUCCUGCAGGUUAGGUAUGCCGUUAUUUGGCAUUUCCUGUUCCCUUUGCAUCGCGUGCAUUUUGGCCAACCUGCUCCAGAUCUUACUAGGCUUCAACUUCAAUGCAAAGCUGGGUACGUGGAUAAAACGGCUCAACAAGCCGGCAGCAAUAGUAACUGUUGUCUGCGGGAUCCAGGUGGCACUGUGUGUGCCAUGGUUGUACUUCUACCCCCCUGAAAUUGUCGAUCAUAAGUCACCACAAACCAUUUUAUUGCAAUGCACCAAAGGCUCCAAACCUUUUUUUUUUGCAAUGUUGAGCUACAAUGCUGCCUUGGCUUUCAUUUGUUUCCUAUUUGCUUUCAAAAGCAAACAGCUCCCAGACUUGUAUAAAAAUGCAAGUCUGAUCAGCAUCAGUAUGAUGCUGUUUCUGAUCAUUUGGAUCCUCUUUAUCCCAAUUUACAUCAGCAAGUCUGGGAAGUACAAACGAGCCAUAGAGAGUGCAGCCAUUCUCGUUUUUAGCUACAGCAUCCUUGGCUUUCACCUGGCCCCAAAAUGUUACAUCAUGUUGUUCAGAAAAGAGAUCAAUAAUGAGAGAGCCAUCACUGAGUACAUCAGGAAACAUUUUGAGCAGAAAAAUAUCGCUGUGGUAAAAUCAUAG